CAUUCAUUGUCUUGACAAGAGCAUCCUCAGCUAAUCUCAGGCUCCUCCAGCUUCUUCCUCCUCCUCUUCCUCUCCUUCCUCCUCCAUUUAGGGGGCCACUGUCAUCUCUUAGCAUCAGGAUGAGCCGGCAGGUGGUUCGCUCCAGCAAGUUCCGACACGUGUUUGGACAGCCAGCCAAGGCCGACCAGUGUUAUGAAGACGUGCGAGUCUCUCAGACCACCUGGGACAGUGGCUUCUGUGCUGUCAACCCCAAGUUUGUGGCCCUGAUCUGUGAAGCCAGUGGGGGAGGGGCCUUCUUGGUGCUGCCCCUGGGCAAGACUGGACGCGUGGAUAAGAAUGCACCCACGGUCUGUGGCCACACAGCUCCCGUACUGGACAUUGCCUGGUGCCCACACAAUGACAACGUCAUCGCUAGUGGCUCAGAGGACUGCACAGUCAUGGUGUGGGAGAUCCCCGAUGGGGGCCUGGUGCUGCCCCUGCGGGAGCCAGUCGUCACCCUGGAGGGCCACACCAAGCGUGUGGGCAUCGUGGCCUGGCACCCCACUGCCCAGAAUGUGCUGCUGAGCGCAGGCUGUGACAACGUGAUUCUGGUGUGGGACGUGGGCACUGGGGCGGCGGUGCUGACGCUGGGCCCAGACGUGCACCCGGACACCAUCUACAGCGUGGACUGGAGCCGCGACGGUGCCCUCAUCUGCACCUCCUGCCGUGACAAGCACGUGCGCGUCAUUGAGCCGCGCAAAGGCACCGUGGUAGCUGAGAAGGACCGUCCCCACGAAGGGACGCGGCCGGUGCGAGCUGUGUUUACAUCAGCGGGGAAGAUCCUGACCACCGGCUUCAGCCGGAUGAGCGAACGGCAGGUGGCGCUGUGGGACAUAAAACACUUGGAUGAGCCGCUGUCCCUGCAGGAGCUGGACACGAGCAGUGGAGUCCUGCUGCCCUUCUUCGACCCUGACACCAAUAUUGUCUAUCUCUGUGGCAAGGGAGACAGCUCUAUCCGGUACUUUGAAAUCACUUCUGAGGCCCCCUUCCUGCACUAUCUCUCCAUGUUCAGCUCCAAGGAGUCCCAGCGUGGCAUGGGCUACAUGCCCAAACGUGGCCUGGAGGUGAACAAGUGUGAAAUCGCCAGGUUCUACAAGCUGCACGAGCGGCGGUGUGAGCCCAUUGCCAUGACGGUGCCUAGAAAGUCGGACCUGUUCCAGGAGGAUCUGUAUCCACCUACCGCGGGACCAGAUGCUGCACUCACAGCCGAGGAGUGGUUUGGGGGUCGGGAUGCUGGGCCUCUCCUCAUAUCCCUCAAAGAUGGCUAUGUACCCCCAAAGAGCCGAGAGCUGAGGGUCAACCGAGGCCUGGACACUGGGCGAAGAAAGACAAUGCCAGAGGCCAGUGGCGCUCCCAGCUCGGAUGCCGUGUCUCGGCUGGAGGAAGAGAUGAAGAAACUCCAGACCACAGUGCAGGAGCUACAGAAGCGCCUGGAAAGACUGGAGGAAACAGUCCAGGCCAAGUAGAGAACUACAGGCCCAUGGCAGGGCCAAGCUGCAACCUGCCUCCCUCCCACUCGUACCUCCACUCUUCAGGCCACAGUGACAGAUAAAAAAAAAUAAUAAAAUGGCUUUAUUUUCUGGUA